AUGACAGAAGUCAUCAUUCAGUCCAAAUCAGGGCAAACCAACAAACAGCUUUCUGUUAACUUUUACAAACUGCCAUAUUUUCAGGUUAAACAAACAGAGAUAAAUCUUGGUGAAACUACAAGUAAUACAACCUGUGCUGUGGAGAUAAAAGAAAGGGCAGCAACACUGGUGGCUGCAGAAAUUGAGGCAUGUAGAGACGAUAGAACCCCCAAGAUACCUCUUCAUGAGAAAGUCCAGAAAGAGUGGGCUUGUGCUGUGUGCCAGUUCACAACCCAAACUGAAGCGACCUUCAAUUCCCACCUUCAAGGGAAGAGACAUCAGGCCAUUUCUGAGCAGCUGAGAGCCAAAAACCAGGCAACCAAAACCAAUUGUUCCCCAUCUGCUUCAAUGGCCAAGAAAUCUGAUCAGUCCACCAAAGAGGAGCAACCGAAGUGUACUUCCAACAAUCUGAAUUCCAAAAACAAUGGAAUCUCAGCUGCUUCAACAGUGAAGAAACUUGAUGAGACCAAAGAUGAUGAGCGACAAAAGUCUGCAUCUAGCAAUGGACCGAACCAGAAGAAUAACAAAAAGCAAGAGGUACAGACCAAUGAGCAAGGCCAUCAGAAGAACUUAAGGCAAACUGGUGAUGGAAUGAAAGAGUUGAGAUCAUGGUGCAAUAUCUGUAAUGUAAGCUGCACAAGGGAGCUUGAAAUGGCCUCUCAUCUCAAUGGAAGGAGGCACUUUGAUAGGAUAAAGCAGCUGUCUGAAUUAUGGUGCAGUAACUGCAAUGUAAGGUGCAGCAGUGAGGUUGAUAUGGCCUCUCACCGAAAUGGGAGGAGGCACUUGGAGCAGCUGAAGGAACGGUUAGGAUUAUGGUGCAGUAUCUGUAGUGUGAGUUGCAACAGCAAGGUGGACAUGGAUUCUCACCUAAAUGGGAAGAGUCACUUGGAUCAGAUCAAGGACCAGUUAAGAUUAUGGUGUGGGGCAUGUAAUGUAACCUGCAAGAGUGAGCGCAACAUGGCCUUUCAUCUGAAUGGGAGGAAGCACUUAGAGAAGAAGGGGGAUACCUGA